GUGAGGGUUCGCUGUCACUGUGUGCUCUGGGAACGUGGACAGAGAGACUGAUUAGAGCAGUUCUUGUGUAAAGUCGUAAGGAUGCGAAACCUAAAGUUAUUGAAAUCUCUGCAUUGCGCUGCGGCUCAAGGUGUUGGCUUACCACAGUGCUGUUCUGUACGUACCGACACCGGUACAGUACUGAUCGGAUCAGGCUAUGGCUUUGUGGAACUGGAUCCCAAAACAGAGCAGAUUACUUUAGAUGUCUCUCUGACAGCAGAGGGCUUUCUCCCAGACGAUGGUAGUGGCAGUGUUGUUGGGAUCCAGGAUGUUCCUGAUCAAGAGUCGGUGUGUCUUGCCACUGCGACAGGUGAUGUCAUACUCUCAAACCUGAAUACCGGGCAGCUGGAAUGCGUGGGCAGUGUCGAUAGUGGUAUUACUACAAUGAGCUGGAGUCCAGAUCAAGAGUUGGUUCUGCUUGUCACAGGUCAACAAACAUUGAUAUUGAUGACAAAAGAUUUUGAGCCCAUUGCUGAAGUGCCUAUCCAUCAAGAUGAUUUUGGGGAAGGUAAAUUUAUUGCCCUUGGGUGGGGUAAAAAGGAAACCCAGUUCCAUGGCUCUGAGGGAAAGCAAGCAGCUCAACAGAAAAAAAUAACGGAGGUCCCACCUGCUUUGCCCUGGGAUGAUUGCAGACCUCGGGUAACUUGGAGAGGAGAUGGACAACUUUUUGCUGUUAGUGCAAUCUGUCCAGAGACUGGUGCACGUAAGGUCAGAGUGUGGAACAGAGAACUCGCACUACAGUCUACAAGUGAACCAAUAGAUGGUUUGGAACAAGCACUCUCCUGGAAGCCUUCAGGAAGUCUGAUUGCCUGCACACAAAGUAAACCCAAUAAACAUGAUGUUAUUUUUAUGGAGAAAAAUGGACUUCUUCAUGGAGAAUUCACGCUUCCAUUUGCCAAAGGCACCGUUAAGGUAAAAGAGCUUCUUUGGAAUUCUGAGUCUACUGUCCUUGCAAUUUGGCUUCAAGAAAUUGAAAAAGAUGGUUCAAAACCCAACACUUAUGUUCAGCUGUGGACUGUCGGAAAUUACCAUUGGUACCUGAAACAGAGCUUGCAUUUUGGGAAUGAUGAGAAGAACCAUGUUAUUUCUUUGCUCUGGGACCCAGAGAACGCCUACAGAUUGCAUGUGCUGUGCGCCGGAUGGCAGUAUCUGUGCUACGACUGGUUUUGGAGCACUGACCGCAGUAGUGGGGAAAAUCUACGAGGGCAAGCUGAUGUUGCUGUUCUUGAUGGGGAUAAAGUUUUAGUGACCUCGUUUCAUCGGGGGGUGGUCCCUCCUCCAAUGAGCACUUACCAGAUCCAGCUUCCAAGAGCUGUGAAUGAAGUUGCGUUCCCAUUGGUGCCAGAGAAAGACGGUCAUCUGGCGGUUAUUGAUGCCAGUAACACAAUAUACAUCUGUAGAUAUGGAAAUAGUCCAGGUGUGGAUUUGAAAGUGAGCGCUGGAAUGGUCAGGGAAAAAACGCCUGUCUUAGAAAAAGAAUUCAGUUUGCAGGUUGAGCCGUUUGAUACAAAACCUUUGCAUUAUCGCCUUCUCACCUGGGUACAAGACAAAACAUUCUUGGUAGUUAGUCAGGGGCACAACUCAUCCGAGUCUUUGAUUCAUCAUAUUUCUAUUAAUGAGGACGAACGUAUGGAAAUCAGGCAAGGAGUCGUGAUUACUGGACACGUGACCAGUCUCUGCUGCAGCUCUAAAACCAAGUCUUGUGCCCUCCAAACUGAAGAUGGUCAGAUCUGGAAGUAUGCUUGGGAUUCACCCACACCUGAAUUAAAGCCUUGGAUGGAUGGAAAAGGCCACAGUGUAAAAUUUCCCCAACCAUGUUUACAGAUUGCUCUAGCAACAAUAGCAGGAGAGGAGGUUGUUUUGGGUAUCACCAGUCGUUCUCGUGUGUUUAUUAACAAUUUAACGGUAGCUACAAACAUCACUUCUUUUACCAUACACAAUGAUUUUCUUCUUCUAACAACCCACUCCCACACCUGCCGAUGUGUCUCACUGGAAGACACCACACUGACAGCAUUGGAAGCUCUGCUGACCAGCACCUCGAGCCCAAAUGAUGAGACCGUACGCAAAGUGGAGAGAGGGUCAAGGAUUGUCACGGUGGUUCCUCAGGACACUAAAGUAAUCUUGCAGAUGCCAAGGGGAAACUUGGAAACUAUUCACCACCGAGCACUGGUUCUAGCUCAUUUACGCAAGUGGCUAGACAGCUUGUUGUUUAAAGAAGCUUUUGAGUGUAUGAGGAAACUCCGGAUUAACCUCAAUUUAAUUUAUGAUCACAAUCCAAAGGCAUUUCUGGAUAACGUUGGCCUGUUCAUCAAUCAGAUUGAUUCAGUGAAUCAUAUCAAUUUGUUUUUGACAGAAAUAAAAGAGGAAGAUGUAACUACUACAAUGUAUCCCACUGAAGCUGUAUCGGUCAAACCGCCAUCUCAGAGCCUUCACGUUAAAAAGGUGGACGUUAUUUGUGACGCGAUGAGAGCAGCCAUGGAGAACAUCAAUCCCCAGAAGUACUGUUUAUCAAUACUCACUUCCUAUGUCCGGAAAACCAGACCAGAGUUGGAAACGGCUCUACAGAAAGUACAUGAGUUAAGAGAGAAUCCUCCGUCUACAGAAGCUGUGAGCGCGGAAGAAGCAUUAAAGUACCUGCUAUUCUUGGUGGAUGUCAAUGAGCUGUAUGACCAUUCCCUGGGGACAUAUGACUUUGACUUGGUCAUCAUGGUGGCUGAGAAAUCCCAGAAGGAUCCAAAAGAAUAUCUUCCCUUUUUAAACAAACUUAAAAAAAUGGAAAUUAAUUACCAAAGAUACACAAUUGACAAACAUCUUAAACGAUACAAAAAAGCGCUUGGACAUCUCUGCAAAUGUGGACCAGAACAUUUUGUAGAGUUUUUGAACUUGGUCAAAGAUCAGAAUUUAUACACAGAAGCUUUAAAACUCUAUUCAACUUCUACCAGUGAAUAUAAGGCAAUCAAUGAUGCAUAUGGAGAGCACUUGAGUUCAAAGCAUCAGUACGAGCAAGCAGGUCUGAUCUUUGCUCGCUGUGGCAAUCACGAGAAGGCUCUGGAUGCUUUUGUCACUUGUAAUAACUGGCAGCAGGUCAUGUGCAUGGCUUCUCAACUCAAGUAUUCCAACACCGAACUAGCUGCCUUGGCUAGAAGUUUGGCCGAUAAACUAGUUGAGCAGAGGAAGCAGUCUGAUGCGGCGGUGCUUCUAGAACAGUACGCUGAGGACUAUGAAGAAGCCAUUGUGUUGCUGUUGGAAGGAGCUCUCUGGGAAGAAGCCUUGAGGCUGAUCCAUAAAUACAGACGACUUGAUAUGUUGGAGACCAACUUAAAACCUGCUCUGUUGGAUGCUCAUAGAAAUCACAUGGUGUUCCUGGACAGCCAGAAAUCAAACUUCAUGCGUCACAAGCAUCGUUUGUCUGUGGUGCGAGAGUUGAAGGAGAAAGCUCAGCAAGGUCUUUUAGAUGAGGAAGUCACUGAGGGGCCAGACUCGGACUUGUUCUCUGAAACCAGUAGCAUCAUGACUACAAGUGAUAUGAGUGGAAAGUACUCCCAUAGCAAUUCAAGGAUCUCUUCGAGGUCAUCAAAGAACCGCCGAAAAGCAGAGCGAAAGAAGCACAGCCUAAAAGAAGGAAGUCCUCUGGAAGAUGUGGCUCUGUUGGAAGCUUUGGGAGAGAACAUCCGUGCAACCGAUAAACUAAGAAGUGAGAUUCACAGCCUGUUGAAAGUACUUGUUCUCUUUGAAUUUGAUGGUCAGUCGAGAGAGCUUCAGCAGACAUAUGAUGAGUUACUACAGCUCGUGGAGUCAUCCAUCCCAGAAAUCUGGACUUCGAGUAUCCUGCCAAGCACUGCAACACCGGUACUCGGACCUCAUUCAACUGCAAACAGCAUAAUGACUUCUUACCAGCAACAAGGGAAGAUAAAUAAUCCAACACAAGAUGCUGAGCUGUUUGUUGCUCCAAAGCUAAUGACAAACGUGCAGUGGAAACUGAGCCUUCUUCAGUAACAUGACAACUUACCUUUCCCCUCGUUCUAUGGGACAUUACGAGAGGUAGACUGAUCCCCUGCAGUGCUGCAUACAUUAUAACGUAGCCAGUGACGACUCCUCACACUGCAAGAUGGCAUGCAUGCUGGAUAUUAUAUUUAAAUAACCCUUUUUAUGUUUUGACUGGAAGAGAUUCCAUUGCUUUACUUAUUUCGGUGUAUAUUAAAAUACUUUUUUUGUUACGCU